ACUCAUCCGAUUACAAAGACCAUUUCUACCGCGUAUUAUUGCCGAGAAAAGAAUCGGGCUCGUGGCACCAAAGCGACUGCAAUUACUCGAUCGGAGUUCAGACUCGCUCGGUUUAAUUGUCUCCGCGUAACUUUUGCCGCUUGGCAAUCGAAGGCGCCUUGUCGCGUGGAAAUCGAUAUUACGAUACAAGAAAUUCGAAACCUUGCCAACUUAUCAUCGAAUCGCGAACUCUCACAGUAUUUUUUCAACUCGAUUACAGCGCAGACCGAGUUCGCAAUUUUUUUUUUUUUUUUUUUUUUGUUUUUUUUUUGUUUUUUGAGUGAAUCUCAAACUUGUUAUGUGCCAAAAACGCUACUCCAGAUAAACCGCCUUUGAACAAUGAAGUUUUCCGUUCUCAUCUGCAGUGUUUUAAUUACUAUCACUGGUUUCUACGUCGAGGAUUCGUUACAGGUUCCAUCCCGAUGUCGCGAGGUAAAAAUAUUGAACGGGAGAAUGCGUCAGAAGCCGCGAGGAAGAAUGGUGAGAUUUUACUGCGACCCGGGGUUUAAAUUGAUAGGAAACAAGUACGCAAUUUGCAUCAAAGAAAGAUUGGACCUUACGCCUCCGAUCUGCGUCAAAACAACGUGCUCACCGAUCGAGAAGCCGGAGAACAGUUUGAUGGUGCAAAAGGAAUCCGGUGCUGUUCUAAUGUUCUUUUGUGAGCCGGGUUACCAGCUGCAGGGUCCCAAGGAAAUAUACUGCACCGGUACAGCAUGGAACGACACAGCGCCAACAUGCAAAAACACAAGGACAAAUCCGCCGACAAGUUGCAAUUUCGAUGAUCCUGACCUUUGCUCCUGGGAACAAGAUCCUAUGCACGACUUCGAUUGGACGAGGCACAAUUUCCGCACCGGGAGAUCGAAAAUCCCAACCGGCCCUUCGCACGAUCACACUCUCGGAUCAGGAUACAACGGCUAUUACUUGUACACCGAGGCGUCGGGGAGAACAGAAAACCACACUGCACGAAUCGUGUCACCUCUUUACAGUUCCAAUCUGACCGAAGCAGGAUGUUUUUCAUUCUGGUACCACAUGUACGGACGUACCAUCGGCACACUGAACGUUUUUGUCAAAGCUGAAGGUGAAACGAAACUUGGAAAAUUGAUGUUCACCAAAAGUGGAAAUCAGGGUAAUGCGUGGUGGCCCGGUUUCUUUUACUUGCCAAAAGUUGAAGACAAUUUUCAGAUAAUCAUAGAGGGAGUAAGAGGCCAAGGAUAUCUGAGUGAUAUUGCCAUCGACGAUGUAGCGAUUCUGCAGGGAAAUGCGUGCAUGGACCAGCUAAAUAUGACGAAGGAAGUGACUCCAGCCGAUGAUGAUAACGAUCAAGUGGAGAUCGUAAAUUCGAUGCAGACUUGUAACGGAAAGUGCACAAAUUUCAACGCCACGCUUGAUUCCAGCGAAGUUUGCCAGUGCGACCUGUUCUGCAUGGAUAGACAAAACUGCUGUCCUGACUACGAUGAAUUCUGUUUUUCGUCCACUGAUUUCGACGAUAUCAGUACCUCGAUUACAGAAGGUUUACAGACGUUUUCCUUCGCUCCUAUUCCCAUUAGUCCCAAGGACGGCCUGGAUCCAAAUCCGCCAAAGUGGCUGGACGAUAAGACAAGCGAAAAACCGACCCCUAGCAGCACUCAACAUACCCUGGCGGUGACCGUCUCGAGUGAAGAAGUAGACGCCCAGAAAUCAAGUCGAGAUCCGAGGAAGUUUUCGCUUUCAGGAAUUAUUGCGAUAGUUGCAGGCAUCGCAGUAGUUAUGAUCGUUGGUGCAGGACUCGUCAUCUUUUCUGUCUUACAAGUGCGCAAUAAUUACAAAAAAAAUUCGCGAAAAUCGGCUCUCUCCGAAGACAGCGACGUCAGAUUUCUCACCUCCGAUGAAAUGCUGGAUUUCAAUAUCGCAAAACCUGAAGACAUGGAACUUCCUUCAUAAAUGCAACCGGUGAACUUGGUGGGAUUUUAUUUAUUCUUUUGAAAAUGGUGAUCCGUUAUUCCGAAAGAAUAUCUUUAACAAGGGUGAAAAUAUCUAAGCAGAUAAUCUCGAAAAUUUAGGCAAAAGAUUUAAAUUUUAUAUCGUCAAUAGUUACUUUUUUUUACUGCAGUUAGAAGUGAAAACUUUGUGAAAAGCGGAUUUACGUUUGAGAGAAAAAAAAAAUGAUAAAUUUUUCGUGCACGUAAAAAGUCCUCAAAAACGAUAUAAAUACGAUAUUUUUAGUUCUCAUUAGUAUGUACCAAUGAAAAACGCAAUGAGGUGAGAAAAAUCUCGUGAAAAUCGGCACAUUUAAGUCCGGAAUGAAGAUGUUUUUUACGUAACGGAUUGUUAUCAGCGGAAAAUUACGCCCGCGUUACCUGAUAAUAUAUGUACUUCAUUAAUGGUAUAGGAAAUAAUUUAUACAUAGGUAUACAUGCGAAUAUACAUUAUUGAUAUUUGUAAAGUGUAGUUUCAUGAAUGAAUUAGUUUAGAAGUGUACGCAGUGAUUUAUCCCUUUUUCGAAAAUAUAGAAAGAAAUAAAACAUAAAUCAAAAUAAAUCCUAGCUUCGUUAUUCUCAAGUGAAUAUUGCGUGAAAGUCAUAUUCUGUGUCACACCAUACUUCGCUAUAUUAUUUGACUUGCGACGAGGCAAAAAUUUUUUGAUGAUUUUCCAAAUCCUUGUGUAUAAAUUAUAAAAUAAUAAUACGUAAAGAAAAUUAUUAACGUUUUUUUAAACUCAUGAUAUUUCUCUUCAAUCUUAAUACACUUACAAAAGAAACUGUAUUUUCACUGUUUUAUUGUAUAAAUAAACGCACAACACGUGAGAGAGUUGGAAAAAGUUAAAAGUGGAAAAACCAUGAUACACGAUUUAAAGAAAUAACUGACUUACCGAUACUAUUUUAAACUGAAAAUUAUAUCGCAUCACGUAUUGCAAGAUUAUAUACCGCAAAAAACUUCGUGCAAUACGAAAUACUUGAAUAAAUAAAAUUGCUCCAAUAUCAAGGUGUAUAAAAAACAAUCCUGUUGAAUUAAAAGAGAAGAAAAAGUGCAAAAGUCGUGGCAAUUACAUACACGGUGCAAAAUUUUUUUUACCAUAAUUUUAUUAAAUAAAUAAAGUACUUCGGUAUCACAAAAUUCGUGCGCCUUAAAUUUAACAUAAUAUACGCAUAGUUAUAUUGAUUCCUCUUUUUUUCUAUCUUCUACGCAGUGUAUAUAAACAUAGACGCUCAAUUUAUUUGCAAAAGGCAUCCAGCGCCUCGUAAAUCCGAUAUUAUAUAAUCCUAAAGCAAACUAUAACUACAUCUAUCAUAUGCGUGAAAGUAUUUGCAGCAAUGUUAAUUAAAUGCGAUAAACGCGGAUAACAUCACGAAUGCAAAAUUGCUUGAAGUGUACGAAUUUUUAUUUUUCUUCUUCUCUAUUUUUUUUUUUUUUUUUUUUCUUUCUUCCAUUCAAAGCCCCGUCAUUUUAUGUAUACAACUAGCGUAAAACCGUUCAUCAGGUACCGUGUAAUUAACUGUUCGGUAUACAUGUGACGCUGUUGGCUUAAGAUUCUCACUAUCGGUACACAUUUAAUAUUUAAAUUACCACUGAUAUUGGGAUUUCAAUCGUUUCCCGCACGAUGGGAAUUGUUCAAGAAUGAAUCAAAGUAAUGUAGGAACUAGGGUAUUAUUAUUAUUAUUAUUAUUAUUAUUAUAUGUAAGCUUGAUAAAUUACACGCGGUAAUUCUUGUGGCGAGAAAGAAAAAAAAAUUUAACAUACAUGACCAGAAAAAAAUUCUAGUUACAUUAAUCCUGUAAGCGAUGAAUAAUAUGGAAAUUGUCGAUGCUACAGAUAUAAAUAUUUUUACAAAAUAUUGCCUAUGCAGUUUUAUGUUAAGCAAUUUUGAUUGCCGUAUUGUGUAUAAUUUUUCCGUGACAUAUACGCGAAUUGAUAAUGAACACCCGCGCUAGUAAUUCAUCGGAAAAUUCAUCAAAAUUCAAUUUUAGUGAGGUAAAAAUGAUUAGAGAAUUCACAAAUAAUUAAUUAUACCUAAUUAGAGAGUUCUGAUUGCUUGGAAAAUUUUCUGAAACGGAUAUCUCGCUGUUUUCUAUUUGUUUCAUUUUUUCAUCACCUUUCGUGCUAUAAGAUAAGUAUUGGAUUAGGUCGAAUAUCACUUUUUCUAAUUUUAAGAAAUCUUUACGUUUUCGAACCUGUAGAAUUCGAAAUACAGGUUUUUAGAAAAAUGUAUGUCUGGAUGUCGGAUGAUCUCGGAAA